AUGCCGGUUACAGACUCUGAACUCACAUCCAUGGAGGAACCCCAUGCAGUGGAGGAUGAGAAGGGGAGCUUGACUAACGUCCCCUCCUCAGCUCCUCCUACGACCAUCCCUGCUUCAACGCCUCCUUUCCCUACCACUAUAGCUAAUUUCACUGGUGAGACAGUGAUUGAGAACAGAGCUGUCUCCAUGGCAAGUAAUGACUGCAGCUCGGCUCUCUCUUCACCUGCUGAAGCCAGCCCAGCCAAGCCUGCUGUAACAUCACCCACUACAUUUGAAGGGGCUGUUGAAACAAGCCCAGCUACCUCACACAUUGCAUCAGCGUCAGACUCCUUAAAAUGCACAGGGACAAGCCUUGUCAACAUUUCAGAAUCACUACCAUUGUUGUCUGAGUUGCCAUCUACCACAUUUGGCAGUUCAGACCUGGAAAAUGACUUUUCUCCUGCACUGACCUUCAAAGGCGUCACGGUGUCUCUGGAGAAUAACAGUGUGUGGAGGCAGUUCUACAGCUGUGGAACUGAGAUGAUUCUCACUAAACAGGGGCGCCGCAUGUUCCCUUACUGCCGAUAUCGCCUGGCUGGCCUAGAUCCUGAGCGCCAGUACAGUCUGGUACUGUCCAUAGUUCCAUCUGACCAGUACAAGUACCGCUGGAACAAAUCCAAAUGGGAGGUCACCGGACCAGCGGAACACCAGGCCCAGGGCCUUGUCCGGGCCUUUGCCCACCAUUACUCAUCCUGCAAAGGCUCAGACUGGAUGGGUAGCUUGGUAUCUUUCUACAAACUCAAACUGACCAAUAAUACCCAAGACCAGGAGGGCCAUAUAAUCCUACACUCCAUGCAUCGCUACAUUCCUAGGCUACAUGUGAUACCUGUCCCAGAUGGGGUCGUACCCACACCUGAUCAGCCGGUGGUUAUGGGACCAGAGAGCAUGACCUUUACUUUCCCACAGACUGAAUUCAUGGCUGUGACCACUUAUCAGAACUUUCGGAUCACGCAGCUCAAAAUUAAUCACAAUCCGUUUGCAAAAGGCUUCAGGGAGGACGGGAACAACCCCCGCCUAAACAGGGUCACCACAGAGGCUCGACCUCUGGUCAAGACAGACACUCAGUCCUGUGUUAUAGAACAAAAUGAAAGCAAAGAGGGGGCUGUUGAUCUGAGGUAA